AUGGGACAGAUGUCAUUCUUCUGCAAAACAACGGACCGCAAUAAGGUUUCUGUGACGAACGAUAACAAGCAACUACUCAAAAUUGUAAAUGAUUCGGAGGACUCCAGCGAUGAAAGUACGUUAGAAUCAAGGAAUACUAGUGAAAGCCACAGGGCGACACUGCAUAUUGAUUUAGGAAAUGAAGAAAAGGCGCAAAUAAUUUGCAAAACCUUAGCAGUCGACAAGGAACCAUCGAGGAGUACAGCCAAACGAACAUACAGUGUGCGAGGGCAUCAUUUGGUUGUUGAGAUCGUGAGUAUGGACGCGAAAUAUCUUCAGAAGUCGAUCGAUAAUUUGUUCGACAUGUGUUAUUUAGCUAAACAAACAAUCGAGGAAGUUACAAGAUAUCGCUUAAAAAUGUCUAAUAAUGUUACUGAUACAUCUCUUGGUUGGAAUGAGAAAAGUAAAGACCAAUGA